AUGCCGAAAGGGCGCGUCGAUGAAAUCACAGUUGAGGUGCAGCACGCGCUGACAGCUGAGUUUUUGGGAAGCUUUUCCCUUUCUGCAAGCAGCAAAGGAGACGUCUUGCGGCAACAUGUCAGCCAACACCUCCGCCAUCCUGACCAACAAGAGAUCAAGCUGCAUGUUCUAAAUGAAGGCCCCGUGCUGUUGGAAAGGAAUUUGCGCAGCCAAGCAGUUGUGAGUGGUACAGUUGUGACCUAUCUAUUACGGCAGAAGAGGGACAAUGCGGAGGUUGAAAGCGCACGCAAAUGCAUUGCCCAGUGCCUUAGCGGCUCUAAUGCGGCUUACAUAUCAUUGGCUGCACGUUUGACACCUGAUCAGAUUGAGGAGGUGUGUAAGUCGCUCACGUCUGCAGUCGACUGCUUAUGGGGAGUUUUUGAGGUGGGAAGUGACAGCUUGCGGUCCUACCUGCUAUGCAUUUCAAGUAGGCUGGGAAAGCUUCGAACAGAUAAUGAAGGUCUUGGGGUUCAGGAUCUGUUGGCUGCCAGAGUUGAAGUUUCCUCUAGAUGUAAGGAGGCGCUUUCGGAGGGCGGUACGGCUCUUCAUGUUGCCAUAUCCUGGGGCCGCCCGAAGGUGGCGCGGGUCCUUCUUGAAGCAAGAUGCAGCGUGUUGGAAACAGAUGAUUGUGGCGACACGCCCCUUCUGAAAGCAUGCCUGGCCAUGACACAAGGCAGAAACUCCAGAAGCCACUUGCCAACGGUUGGGGAUGCAACUGGAGAGGACAUGAUGGAGGUGGUCAACAGAAUUCUGGCCCGUUGCGGCCCGGCGUUGGUGAACAAGCGUGGCUGGAGAGGAGAGACUGCUUUGAUCCGAGCAUGUUCCGAGAAUUUGCCGCAGCUUGUGAACAUAUUGAUUCAGGGCAAAGCUGAGGUUAACUUGACGGAUGACAUUGGCAACUCUGCCCUUCACCAUCUUGCUGCAAAACCCCUGUGCCAGGAUCUCGUAGCAGAGCUUCUAAGAGCCCAGGCUAUUGUAGAUCUGAAGGGGGAGCAAUCAUAUACGUCGUUGAUGUUUGCAGUGCAGAAGGGGAAUGUCCACUGCGUCGAGCGCUUGCUUAAGGCCAGGGCAUCCGUCCCAGAAGCGUGCUUGCAGGAUCCUGGCAAGAUUUUGCGGUGCGCGCUCGCCAACUGCACUCAGGGCCAUGGAGCCCCGCAAAUGAAGAUUUUUGCUAAGCUGAUUGAGGCUGAUGAUGACUUCCUUGAGCAACACAGAGAGGAGUUAUUGGAGCUUGCUGCGGAGGAGGCGGACACUGACUUGUACGAGUUCCUGAGCUCAUCAAAAAGAUGCCGCCGAACGUGA